GCGGUAAGAAAGACCCAAAUUGAAAUGGCUAAAGAACCGGGCUCUUCGAACGUUUUCAGCGUUCGAAUCGUGUCUCUUGAUUACUACACGGCGCCUCCAAUUCCAGAAGUCGACAUCUGUUACAAUAAUUUUCUGGGUCAAGAAGUGGCAGAAGUUCCAGUUAUAAGGGUUUAUGGAUCUACCUUGGCAGGGCAAAAGACUUGCUUGCAUGUUCACCAGGUUUUUCCUUACUUAUAUAUACCAUAUGAUGAUGAUUUAUCUCAAGCGCCUCAAGAAGGUCUUGCUUAUACUCGUCUCUUAGCUUCUGCAAUUGAGAAGGCUUUGAAGUUUGGAGGUUCUGUUGGAUCAAAAAGGCAACAUGUACACAGCUGCAGCCUUGUACGUGCGAAGAGAUUUUAUGGACAUUAUUCCUCAGAGGAGCUAUUUAUUAAGAUUUACUUAUAUUAUCCUCAUGAAGUUGCUCGUGUGGCUUCCCUAUUACUCGGGGGUGCCAUUUUGAACCGAAGUUUUCAGCCACACGAAUCACACAUCCCCUUUCUUCUCCAGUUUAUGGUGGAUUACAACUUGUAUGGAAUGGGUCAUUUGCAUCUAUGUAAAGUGAAGCUCCGCCAUCCACUACCUCAGAUGCCCACCCAAAGAUCAAACAAGUAUUGUGAUUUUCUUAAGCUUAAGAGCCACGAGGCUACUUCUGUUUCAUCUACCUUUGAGGCAGAAGUUGGAAGCAGUCCAUUGUGCACUCAACCAUUUAUUUGGAUUUCAUCAACUGUUCCAGGUAGUUGGUUGUGGCCUUCUCCAGCUGCAGAGCAAGACUCAUCAACUCCUGGUUUUCAACAUAUUAAAAGGCAAAGUACAUGCGAGCUUGAGGGAGAUGCCAUUGUUCAUGAAAUUCUGAAUCAGGAACAUCUAUUAUAUACAUCCCUUUCUCAGACUAGAUCAGAGGUUAGAAUGGUUCAGUCACUUGUUCCAAUUUGGGAGGAAGAGUAUGCAAGAUCUGGGAUGCAUGACACAGUGGGGAUAUCUGAUCUUAGUAAACCAUUACCUGCAGAUGUUCUCAAAAGUCUUUUACCUUCCCUUGUAUUUGAGGAUCCACUCUCUAAUUUGUAUACCAGAGUGCAAAAUCCUGAAAUUUCUCAAGGUUCUCCUUCAAGGACUGACCAGAAGCUUGAGCCAUGCAUACAACCUUCUAGUGAGCUCAAGGAACAUUUAGUUGACUCCUGCAGGUCUCAGGCAGAACGUCUGAAGGAUCAGGAUUCCAAAAACUCCAAAGAUUCAAUUUUGUUGCCAUCCCCAGUUGGAGUUGGUAGUAGUUCAUUACCUGUGAAAGACGACACUCUAGAUAAAGUUGUAUUUGGUGACAAGGAUUUUCCAUCAUCUCAACUGACAGGAGUACAGGAUUCGAAGGUGGUAGAUGUUGAAGACCUUGGGCUUCUACAGUGGCUUGCUUCUUCUCAGGCACUAGAGGAUCUUAGCACUGAUGAUGAACUCAUUCAUGAGACUAUAUUGAGUCCUUUGUUGCCUAAUACAGCAUUAGAGAAGGUUUUGGAGAAAGCUCAUACGGAUUAUGAGAGUGAGUCCCAAAAGGAAUGCCAGGAUAUUCUUGAUUCAGUUGAUAUACAGAAAUUUGAGGAUUUGAACCAACAAGCCUUGAACUCUGAUUGUCAAAAUCAUUCGAAGACUUUGAGAAAUACGAUUCCUCAAAUUGAUGGUUCAUCAGAUGAUCAGCCUUUGCAUUCAAGGUCUGGCUGUCCAUCUAAAGCACCGAAUGAAAGUGGAACCAGGAGGAAUGCUGAAGGAGAUAGCAGUGCGGGUGUGGCUGGUGCAACUAAAAAUCAUCCUAAAUGGUGCCCCUUACCUUUUUCCCCUGAUGGAAAUGUUCAUGAAAAGUUGCAUUCUCCUUGUGAUCAAGAUAAUCAUACGGGCUCAUCUUCUGGAAGUGAAGCUGGUAAACCUUGCGAUCCUUCUUUGUAUUCGAAAUAUACAAAGGAUCUAGACUUUAAACCAGGAAGGAAGUUAACUGAAUGUUCAAUGAGGGACCUAAUGCGGAGGAAGCGUAAUUCUCGAAGUGAGCCAUCUGAGCUUUACAAUUCCAGAUCUUUUAAAAGGAUGGUUUCAGGGGAGGGUCCAAAUGAGGAGAAAUUCCUAUCCCUUGCAGAGUCUGUGGAUGCUGGAAAUUGCAACUGGGCAAAUGAAAAAGUUGUUGCCAAAUCACCUUGCCUCAACCAGUCAAUUGUAAUUCCUGAACAGAGUAAAGAUGCUGAUACAUCCCACACGAAGUUAGGCUCUAAUGUCACUGAAUUGUACCCUGUUAAUCACAUCUUGCCCAGAUACAUGCCAUUGCCAUUCUCAGCAUUAGGUGGAAGCAAAAGACAAGUGGAAGACACGAGAGAAGGGCUUAUUGGACAAAGCUACGGGCCGGUUGUUCCAGCUAAAGCUGCAGAAACAGAUAGUCUUGAUUGCAUUAGUGGAAAAACUCAAGAAGGCUGUAUUGAUAAGGCGGAUAAAUUUGGAUCAAGCUUUCAUAUUGAUGUGAAUGCACCAUUGGGAAAAUAUGUCCUUCCUGGAAAACAUGGUGAAGAGAAGUCCCAUGAAGAAUUUAUUGUACGAACCUUUAACUGUAAGCCCCCCACUGUUAAUUGUAUAAAAAGACAACAUAGGGUGAACUGUGAUGUGCCUUCCUUGCAUUGUCUUGAUUUGGAUGAGAUGCCAGAUGGCAUUUCUGAUGAUCCAUUAGCAUGCAGCUCUGUUCUGCCAAAGGAUGGAAAGGGGCAUGUGGAUAGCCUUCUUCCAUAUUUUAUUGUAGAUGUAGAUGGCCCGAAGGAAGUUUCUAGGAUAUCAAACAUGGAUGUUGAUGUUUUUGGUGUCAAUCGAGCACUGGAUACUAUAGUUGGUCUUCCUGUCUAUUAUCAGAAUGAUGGUUCCGUCUUAUUCUUGUUAACUCCUGCAUUGUCACCACCUUCUCUGGCUCAUGUUCAUCACUGGUUGUUGCAAGUCAAAGAUCAAAAUGUGAAGGUCGAGGAUGUGGGUACAAGCAGAGAGAAAUUUACAACAGUGAUGGAGGUCUUGGAGGCAACUUCCCCAAUGAACAUGACAGAUUUAAGUCUUGGAAAGAAUAAUAGUCAUCCAAAUCGCCUUACAGCUUCUGAUGCCAAAGAAAUUCCAAAUGCUUGUGCCAGUCACCUGGAAUGCCCUCAUAAAAGCUACUCUGAGAUGUCUCCUGAUACCAGCAAAUCCUCAAAACCAAGCCAUUUACCUGAUCAGUUAAGUGAGGAACAUCAUGAAAAGCCUUUGGCACAACAUGUAGAGUGUCAAACUAAUGUCAAUAAUAUGAACCUGGCCUUCAAAGAAGCGCACAAGAAAGAAAAACAUGUUGACAUUUGGCAGGAAGUUUCACAGAUUUCAGGCCCAUCUGCAAAAUCAAAGCUGACUCCUCUUAGCCAAAUUGGUUUUCGUGAUCCUGCACGUUUUGGUGCUGGCCAACAGCUAACCCUGUUCAGUGUGGAGGUCCUUGCCGAAUCAAGGGGAGACCUUCGACCUGAUCCCCGGUAUGACCCUAUCAAUGUCAUAGUGAUCGUGAUUCAGGAGGAUGUUGAUCAAGGGGUACAAGUGCAUGUUAUUUUGUGGGAUAAACAUGGAAAAUCAUGUACGAGAAAUUUAGAUAAAUUAUCUGGUGGCAAUCUGGUUGUGACAACAGAAGAAAAAGAUCUGUUCAAUUAUUUUAUGAAGUUAGUGUACUCAUUUGAUCCUGACAUCAUCAUGGGUUGGGAAGUCCAAAGUUCUUCACUUGGAUUUCUAGCUGAAAGGGCCGCCAACCUUGGAAUUCCUUUGCUUAAGCAUAUUUCUCGGACACCUAUGGUUGAAACAAAAAAUUUAAUGGGAGAAUCAGAGGACCUUAAAAGUAACACAUCAGAUAUAUUGCUCCAGGAUGACUUUCCUACUGAUGCAGUAGUCCUUGAAGAUGCAAUAAUUAGUGAUGAAUGGGGCCGUACUCACACUAGCGGCGUCCAUGUUGGUGGGAGGAUUGUGUUAAAUCUUUGGCGAAUAAUGCGUAAUGAACUUAGGCUUGGUAUGCACACCCUCGAAGCUGUAGCUGAAGCUGUUUUAAGGCGAAAAGUUCCAUCCUUUCCAUGGAGAAUAUUGUCUAGCUGGUUUUCUAGUGAUUGUGGAGGAGCAAGAUCCCAUUGUAUUGAACAUCUCACAGACAGGGCAAAGCUUAAUCUCGAGAUAAUGGAUCAACUUGACAUGAUCAAUCGGACAGCUGAACUUGCUCGAGUUUUUGGCAUCGACUUCUUCUCAGUGCUGUCUCGUGGUUCACAAUACCGUGUUGAGUCCAUGUUAUUAAGAUUAGCGCAUACACAAAACUAUCUUGUCAUCUCUCCCAGCAAGCAACAGGUGGCCUUGCAACCUGCAAUGGAGUGUCUUCCUCUUGUAAUGGAGCCAGAAUCUGGAUUUUGUGCUGAUCCAGUGGUCGUUCUGGAUUUUCAAUCCCUUUAUCCAUCAAUGCUAAUUGCGUAUAACCUCUGCUACUGCACAUGCCUGGGAAAUGUUACACCCGCAAAAGCAAAUGUACUGGGGGUCAGUUCAUUUACCCCUGAGGCUUCAAUUUUGUCACAUCUAAAGGAUCAAAUAUUACUUACCCCAAAUGGUGUUAUGUAUGUGCCUAAAAAGAUUCGUAAAGGUGUGCUUCCCUGCUUAUUAGAGGAAAUCCUGUUGACUAGAAUAAUGGUGAAGCAGGCAAUGAAAAAGUUGACGACAUCGCAAAAAGUUCUUCACAAGAUAUUUAAUGCAAGACAGCUUGCUCUUAAGCUGAUAGCAAAUGUAACAUAUGGCUAUACAGCUGCUGGCUUUAGUGGUCGAAUGCCUUGUGCAGAAAUAGCAGACAGCAUAGUCCAGUGUGGCCGUAGAACCUUGGAAGAGGCAAUUUGUUUUGUAAAUGCACACAAACAUUGGAAUGCUAGAGUUGUCUACGGGGAUACAGACAGCAUGUUUGUCCUCCUUAAAGGGCGCUCACGUGAAGAAGCAUUUGAGAUUGGGCAAGAGAUUGCCUCAGCGAUCACUGCACAAAAUCCUUAUCCAGUUACGCUGAAAAUGGAGAAGGUGUAUCAUCCCUGUUUUUUGCUCACAAAGAAGCGUUAUGUUGGUUACAGUUAUGGGAGGCCUGAGCAAGAAACUCCUACAUUUGGUGCUAAAGGUAUUGAGACUGUACGCAGAGAUGCAUGUCCUGCAGUCGCAAAGACCUUGGAGCGAUCACUGAGGAUCUUUUUUGAAACCCAAGACAUUUUCAAUGUUAGGUUAUACUUGGAGCGUCAAUGGAUUAAAAUCUUGAGUGGGAAGGUUUCCCUUCAGGAUUUCAUCUUCUGCAAGGAGGUUCGCUUGGGUACAUACAGUUCUAGGGCAUCGUCUCUUCCUCCAGCUGCAAUAGUGGCCACUAAAGCAAUGAGGGCUGAUCCUAGGGCCGAACCACAUUAUGGGGAGAGAGUACCCUAUGUUGUGGUCCAUGGUGAACCAGGAGCACGUCUCAUAGACUUGGUGGUUGAUCCCUUGGAUAUUUUGGAGAUUGGUUCUCCAUAUCGAGUCAAUGAUCUUUACUACAUAAAUAAACAGAUAAUUCCAGCCUUGCAAAGAAUAUUUGGACUUCUGGGUGUAGAUUUGAGGCUUUGGUUCUCGCAAAUGGCUCGUCCAGUUAGACCCACUUUGGCUAAGCGCCCUGGAGCAUUUUUGGAUAAUGAAAAUGGGGUUCAAACGAGGGCACAAACAAGCAGGACUAGAAUAGAUUUUUAUUAUGCUUCAAGGCAUUGUGCGCUUUGUGGAGAGGUAGUUCAGGCUUUGGCUGACUUAUGUGACAAGUGCUCUAAAAAGGGGGCUGUUGUGGUGGCAGCUAUGGUUGGCAGGACAUCAAAAUUGGAGAGGGAAAUCCAUCAUCUAAGUGCUAUAUGCAGGCAUUGUGGUGGGGGUGAUUGGGUCGUGAAAAGUGGGGAGAAAUGUACAUCCCUAUCAUGCCCUGUGUUUUACGAGAGGAGGAAAGUCCAGAAAGAAUUUCAAGCUCUUUCUAGUGUGGCAACUCAAAUGGGCUUUUACCCUAGAUGCAUGGCAGAGUGGUUCUAGCUUUUUCCCUUCAAUAAGCAUCAAAGGGAGACAAAAGAAACAGAAACACAGAAAGUGCGAUCUUCAUUUUUUGAUGUAAAAUUGGCAGGGCCACUGUCUAAAGGUAUGUAUCUUUGUAAUAAUAAUCAUGUUGUGUAUAAUGUAAUGUGAUUAUGGGAUCUUCUUGUAAUCUGUAUUCAUUUACUUAAUGUGCCACUGCCAAUUAAUACAAGCUCUAAUGAAAAAUGAUCUUGUAAAAAUUCUAGAGCAACUUGAGUUAGUUUUUAAUGUAGAUAUUGGGCAUUUUCCUGCUCCUGUAUAAAUCAUGGUUUGGUGCACAUUAUAUUAAA